UGUGCUGGUUUGUUAUGAAAAUGUGAUACGGAACAUAAUGAUGCUUUGAACAUUCAAUGACCAUGAAGUUUUCAUAUCGUUUUUCCAACUUACUGGGUUCAGUGUACAGAAAGGGUAAUGUUGUGUUCACACCAGAUGGCAACAGUGUCAUUAGUCCUGUGGGAAACAGAGUCACUAUAUUUGACCUAAAAAACAACAGAUCAGAAACAUUGCCAAUAGAAAGCGGGAAAAAUAUAACAUGUAUUGCUUUGUCUCCCGAUGGUUACACCAUGAUCCUGGUCAACGAGGAUGGAGAAGGUUACCUAUGCAGCUUGAUCAGUAAGACUGUUCUCAACACAUACCACUUCCAUCAGCCAGUCCAUCAGGUCAAAUUCAGCCCUGAUGGCAAGAAAUUUGCAGUGACAAGGAACAGUGUUAUCCUGGUGUUCCAUGCUCCUGGUAAGAGGAGGGAGUUUAACCCAUUCCAGCUGUACCGCACAUACCAAGGAGCCUAUGAUGAAACUGUCUGCAUUGAUUGGACAUCGGAUUCAAAGGUGCUAUGUACUGGGUCUAAGGAUAUGAAUACAAGGGUACAUGCAGUAGAACGCCUCGCAAACCUUACCAUCAACUCCCUCGGGGGACACAAUGAUGCCAUUGUUGCUGCAUACUUUGCCCACAACUCCCUGGAUGUAUUUACCAUAAGUCAGAAUGGGCAUCUGUGUGUGUGGGAGAGCGACACUAAACUGGAAGAUUUACGACCAUUCGUCCCGAAAGUUCGCAAACAUCAAGGUGAAGAGGAUGAUCUGGAUGAGCAGGAAAUCUCGGAUUCAAAAGAAAUUCCUAUGGACACUGCAGAACCAGAUGAGAGAGUUUUGUAUCAGCGAGCACAAAAGUAUUCGUAUAAGGAAGCUCGUGGUGCCACCGCCAAAUUUGCUCAUCUCACGUGUGCAGCUUACCACAAAAACAGUGCCAUCCUAGUGGCUGGGUUUCAAGAUGGUUCCUUCUUCCUGCAUGAGAUGCCAGACUUCAAUCUCAUACACUCUCUCAAUAUUUCAGACCAGAACAUUGCCACAAUGGCCUUCAACAACACUGGUGACUGGCUGGCCUUGGGGUGUGGAGGUUUGGGCCAGUUACUGGUCUGGGAGUGGCAGAGUGAGACAUAUGUCCUAAAACAACAGGGACACUUCAAUAACAUGGGCUGUCUAGCCUACUCGCCUGAUGGCCAGAACAUUGCCACAGGUGGGGAUGAUGGCAAGGUCAAAGUAUGGAACACCAGCAGUGGAUUUUGCUUUGUUACCUUUAACGAACAUUUGGGAGGAAUCACUGGUGUAACUUUUAAUCAGAAUGGACAGGUGGUGUUGUCGGCAUCCCUGGAUGGAUCUGUUCGAGCUUUUGAUUUGAACAGAUAUCGAAACUUUCGCACCUUUACCUCACCACGUCCAUGUCAGUUUUCCUGCCUCGCCAUAGACCACAGUGGUGACAUUGUUUGUGCAGGAGGACUUGAUACAUUUGAGGUGUAUGUCUGGUCAAUGCAGACAGGACGUUUACUUGAGGUACUGACAGGACAUGAAGGACCUAUCAGCACUCUUAGCUUUAGUUCCAACCAAGCGUUUCUAGCUAGUGGCUCCUGGGACAAAGCCGUGAAAUUAUGGGACAUAUUUGAAAACAAAGGCGUGAAGGAGACACUUCAAUUGAACUCUGAUGUUCUAGCGGUAGCCUUUCGUCCUGAUGGAGAGGAGCUUGCUGUAGCAACUCUAAAUGCCCAUAUCACUUUCUGGAAUCCCCACACAGCAAAUCAGACAGGGUCAAUAGAGGGCAGAGCUGACCUUGGAUAUUUCCGCAGUGAGAACGACAAAAUUUCUGCUAAAAAAUCUGCAGAAGGAAAGGCUUUCAAUACAAUAUGCUACUCAGCUGAUGGACUGUGUCUGUUGGCGGCUGGACACUCCAAGAAUGUGUGUAUAUACUCCAUACCAGACCAAAUGCUCAUCAAGAAGUUUGAAAUUUCACGCAACUUUUCCUUUGAUGGCAUGGAGGAGUUCUUGGACCGACGUAAGAUGACACAAUGGGGGAGUUUGUCCUUAGUGGACGAAGGACAGGGUGACAAGGAUGGAACUGCCAUAAGUCUACCAGGAGUGAAAAAAGGGGACAUGAGCUCGCGACACUGGAAACCAGAGGUCAGGGUGGCGGCUGUGAAGUUCUCCCCGACAGGACGUGCCUGGGCAUCAGCCACAACAGAAGGGCUAUUGGUGUACUCACUGGACCAUAACCUUGUGUUUGACCCAUUUGAACUAGAGAUGGACAUUACACCAGAAAAUGUGAGAAAAACUCUCACUAAGGGAGACUACUCAGUCUCUUUGAUGCUGAGCUUCAGACUGAAUGAAGUAAAAUUGAUACAAGAGGUGCUGGAAUCCAUACCUGUGUCCAAUGUGCCUGUAAUUUGUGAGAAUCUCCCCAACACAUACAUAGAUAAACUGCUGGCAUUUUUAGCCAAUCAGAUGGAGUCAACAUCACAUCUUCAUUUCUAUAUGAUCUGGAUCAACAAAAUUCUUAUGUUCCAUGGGCCAAAGUUAAAACAGCGAUCUCAGUCUAUCAUGGCAACACUGAGAAUGUUACAGAAGAGCAUCACUCGCAAACACGAGGAUCUAGGAAAGAUCUGUGACCAUAACAAAUACAGUAUAAGCUACAUCAAAGCCCUAUCACAAGCGAAACGUAAGCGUGUCACACAGGUCGGUUGUGAGGACGAUAGCGACGAGUACGAAGAGGAGAAGGAUGACGAUUCUGAAGAUGAAAAUUUCAUGAGCAAUCUCAUGAAUAGUGUUACAUAGCAUUUAAUAAAUUUGUCAUUCA